UUGAGCUCAAUACAAUGAUUAUCUGUAGAUAAGUAAAGUUAUAAAAAAACAUUCUCUGAAGAUGGUAAUUCCUCAAUGCAGGAACAAUAGGUAGUGAGGAUAGAGUAUUCAUGUUAACGAUCUGACAUAGUGGUAGGCAACCUUUAAGGUUUUACGGUAGAAAUGUUAUAUUUUGCAUCGUUUUUAAGCACUACUAGCCGUUUGGGAGUCAAAUGAACGGUUAUUUUAGGUAAACAGCCAAACGCCCCGGAAGUAGUUUUUCAAGGGCAGGGCGGAAGCGGAUCGUUUCGGCUAACAGAUUCGCCUAUUCCAGUAUGUAACAACACAACUUUGAAAAUAGAUUGCACCUGAUCGACCCAUUCGAUCAGCUCCUGCCGGACCAUCAUCAUGACCUGAAGAACUGUCUCGUUCCCAUUGAAUCAUGAAUGACAAGCUGGUUUUCCUGGGCCUCCUGUACUUUGUCCAGGGAAUCCCCUAUGGGCUCCAGUCCUCGCUGCUCCCCGUCUACCUCCGCGGGGCGGGCCAUUCCCUCACGCGCAUCGGCCUGACCAAAAUCCUCUACUUUCCCUGGGUGCUCAAAGUCCUCUGGGCACCCCUGGUGGACCGUGUGGGCACCAAGCGGCUCUGGCUUGUGGCUACUGUCUCUGGCCUGGCGCUCACCUGUCUCUCCAGCGCCGCCCUGUCCCCAGAGGCCCACAUCUGGGGCGUGGCGGGGACACUACUGGCCAUGAACGCCCUGGCGUCGGUUCAGGACAUUGCGGUGGACGGGGCCGCUGUGGGACUGCUGAAGGGCCGUAGCGAGCUAGGCCUGGGCAACACGGCCCAGGUAGUGGGAUACAAGGCCGGCUCAGUGUUUGCUGGGGGCGGGCUCCUGGCUGUGAUCGACGUGGCCGGGUGGGGCCCUAUGUUCAUGCUGUUGGCUUUUGUGUACUUCGGGGUGGCGCUGUUUGUGUGGGGGGCCCCCGUGCUGGAUGAUGAGCUGUUGAGGGGCCAGGCAGAGGGGAGGAGGGGGGUCCAGUCGGACGCUGUGCAUCCCUGGAGGGUGUGGCGGAAGCUGCUGUCAGUACCUGGGACACCCUGGACCAUGAUCUACGUACUCACAUACAAACUGGGUGAGCAGGGAGCAGUGACCAUGUUCCCUCUUUUCCUGUUGGACAAUCACAUGACAGCACGCGAGCUGGGGUUCUGGAACGGUGUGAUCGCCAUGGGCUUCUCCAUCUGUGGCUCCUCCCUCGGCGGCCUGCUGCUCUCUCAGUUCAGUGCCCAUUUCAGCUUCACAUGUCUCAGAAGCAUCCCUUCCUGUGGCACAGAUAUCACAUCACCUCCACUCCACACACUGUGUAUUGGCUCUCUGAUGAGGCGGGUGUUUGUAAUGCGUACGGUCAGCAUGGUGUUCCAGAGCUCCCUCCUGACUGUGCUGGAACCCUCCCCACUCAUGAAAGUUAUGGCUGUGUUGAGUUUGAGCGUUCAGCACUUCCUUGGCGGCCUCAUCACCACGCUCACCUUCACGACCAUGAUGCACUGCACACAGAGAGCGGAGGAGAGUGUACAGGCCACCCACUACAGUUUCUUGUCCACUCUGGAGGUACUGGGGAAGCUGAUGUUCAGUGCCCUGGCGGGUGGUCUGGUGGACUGGGUGGGUUACCCCACCGCCUUCCUCCUCUUCCUGGUUCUCUCGGCCGGUACAGCUCUCCACGUCUGGAGGGCCACGGAUACCGGGGCCCUCAGGGAACAGCUCAAAGAACAGCCCAAGUGAUCAGCUCUUCCCAAACAGCUCAACCAUCCCUUAUGUACCUGCUUUAGCACCCCCCCCCCCCCAUCCAAACCAGCAAUGAUCUUUGCCAACCUAAUCCCUCUCACUCAGUGGUCCCCAACCCCCUUUCUUUGAGAGUAAUACAGUGUGCAUGUAGUUUUUAAUUGCCCAGUGCUAACAUGUCUGAUCAAGCUUUUCAAGGUGUCGAUGAUCAGUUGAGUCGUUUAACAAGGUGGGUGUGGGGUUGGAGAUUUUUCCAGGUUUUUCCAGAUUUUCUGGAGGACAUACCAUCUGAGCCAUUUUCAUAUAUGCCAAGCCAGCAAUAAAACUUAAGCCAGCAGUAAUACUUAGCCAGGGAUGAGCCAGCGAGGAAGGUUCUAUAUGUCUUAUCAGUUUGCCAUUGCACUAGUUCUGUGGCGACGUUUACGAAUCCCUACUACCUCUGUAAGACAUGCAGAAGAGCCUAGUGAGCUGUAUAGUACAACAUUUGCUAGCUCGAGUACGAUUUUGAUUAGAGAUAGCUAGCUUAAACCAUUACACAGCGUCAUCUAGUCUAGGUUAGUUAGCGCAAUUAGGAAACUAUAGCCUUACAUAAUGCAUGGUGGCAAGUUAUCAAGGAUUGGAUGAAUAUUUUUUUUUUAUGGAUUCAGGUAUUUUUUAUGGAUUCUGGAGGGGGAAAAAUACUUAUUUUUUAUGUUACAUAGACUACUGCUGCUAGUUUUUCAACUACCUGCUGUUAUUACUUGUUUCUGUUAUGUGUAAAGUUCUUAAAAAGAACACGCACCUUAUCGAAUCACUUUUUAGUGGGCUUGAAACAUACACCAGCUGAUGCAACUUAGAUUGUGGUGCCUGCUUUUUGUGCACGAACGGUUCAUUGGACUGGCGAGAGGCAUCUACUGGGAAAGCAACACAAAUACUCAGCCAAUGCCUCACACCGAUCGAAUACCAUCUGUCUUUUGAUGACCAUAUCUCUCAUUGUGAUGGCUGAAUGAUAAUAUAACCGGUAGUCACAGGGAUGACAGGUCAGGGAGGUGACACAGGACCUAGGCAGUUUCAGAUAGGGACAGCCAUGGGAACAUAGAACCAGAGCAGCCAUGUCAUGAAUUGGCAUGAAAAGCGGGGUCACUGUGACCAACGCAGCCAAGCCCACUCUAAUGUAAAGCAUUUGUUGCAAAGCACACCCCCCGUCUCUGACACGUGCUGAGAGACUGGCACAAAAAUAAAGCUGCUACCCAAAUCUC